AUGGGAAGUGCAGGAACAAUCCGAGUAUCCAAUCUACAUCCUAAGAUUAGAUUCAAGGACAUACUGGAACUAUUUGAGGUGUUUGGAUGCAUUAAGUACUUCUAUGUAGACAGAGAUGCAUUUCUUUUGAAAUUUGAUACGUUUACAGAUAAAUGCCUGUUGAUGAACAAUUUUCCACUUGCUCACAGAAGGAUUGUAGUUGAGCCAUGUAAUGCACAAUGUCAAGACAGUAUAUGUGAUGGAAAUACAGUUGUUUUUCUAGCUGAUAUUGGUUUAGAUGAUUUACGCGACGAGUGCUGUAUGUUUGGAGAAGUAACAGAAGUUGUCAAGAGUGAUAUUGGAAUACAUGUUGUCUGUAAGACUUCUAUGGAUGCAAGGAAUGUGUUUAUGAACAUGUAUGGGAGAUACUACAAUAAUGAAAGAAUCAGGUGUAGGGUAAGGCCAAGUACAAACGACAAUGAAUAA